UGAAGAAGGCUCUGAGUCGGGGCUCCAAGAUGAGUGUGACGUCAUGGUUCCUGGUCAGCAGCUCAGGUACAAGACAUCGGUUGCCACCAGAGAUGAUCUUUGUAGGCCGGGAGGAGUGCGAGCUCAUGUUGCAGUCGCGCAGUGUGGACAAGCAGCAUGCUGUCGUCAACUACAACCCAGCCACAGACGAGCACAUGGUGAAGGACCUGGGCAGCCUGAAUGGGACUUUUGUGAAUGAUCUGAGAAUCCCAGACGAGACUUACAUUACCCUGAUGCUCUCUGAUGUCAUCCGCUUUGGAUAUGAUUCUCAUGUGUACAUCCUGGAGAGGAGUCAACACAAGGUGCCAGAGGAGGCUCUCAAACAUGAGAAGUACACCAGCCAGCUGCAGAUGAGUAUGAAGGCACUGGAGGCCAGGAAGAAGGAGAAGGAGAGGCAGCAUGUUAAGGAGAAGACCAGAGACUCAUCCUGCUUCAAACAGGAGAAAGCCGAGCAUAAAGCUGCCCUCGCAGCAGUGGCCAGCGAGGCUCCAGUGUCCAGACCCACUCCUCUGUAUGGGCAGCCGUUGUGGUGGGGGGAGGAUGAUGCUGAACACACUGAAGAACAGCGGCCAGACGAGGACCCUGCAGAGAAUACUAAAGAGGGCUCCAGACAUGAGGUCAGCGGCUCCCUGUCAGACAGCCAGGCCAAGACAAUCUACUCACACCACAGGGAGCCAAGCUACUUUGAGAUUCCCACUAAGGAGUUCCAGCAGCAGGAGCUCCAUGAGGUUCCCACUAAGGACACUGACUCCCCUUCUCUCCCUGUCCCUGUUCUCCCUCCAGUCCCCACCUCCACACCCCCUGUGGUGCAGAGCCACGCCUCCUUCACCAUUGAGUUUGAUGAAUGCACACCAAGCAAGAUCAAGAUCAAGGACCAUGUGACCAAGUUUUCCUUCCGCCAGCAACGCAAGCUCCCGGGUAAGGAGGCGGUGACAGCACCUACUGAGGUGAUAUCAGCGGAGUGCAAGGUGGCUGAUUGGCUGGUCCAAAGCGAUGUGAGCAUGAUGAGGAGGAGGUCUCAGACAGAGGACAUGUUCAGCUCAAAGAGUGGCCUGCCCAUCUGCAACGAGGCUUCCACAGGCCACCACCAUGAGGAUGGGAUUCGGAGUGACUCUGAGGAUCCUGUUGUAAACGGGAAACAGGCUGUCCAAUUAAAGCCACCGAUGGGCCCUCACACAUCUCUACCACCCCAGCUGGCCCUCCCUAGACCCUUCACCAACCCUGACUCAGAGGAUCCUCAGUCUCACUCCCCUCCUCCGAGCCAGGACAAAGCAGACCCCCAGCAGGGCUUCGUCAUUGAGUUUUUUGACGACAAUCCACGCAAGAAGCGCUCACAGUCCUUCACCAACAACACAGGCCAGCUCGACAGCCCGGCCCUCAGGAACAAGCCGGAGAAAAGGUGCGGCCCCAGCACCCCCACCCAGCAGUACACCAUUCCCUUGAAGGGCCCGGGUUCUGGAGGGCCCCAGAGGGCCGGCUCCCUGAGGAGGGAGAAGAUGGAGGAUUGGAUCAGUAACGGCAUCUCCUCCUGCUCCAUCCCUCCCAGGCCGUUUAGAAGUGUGGGCCGCAGGUCCAAACUGGCCCAGGACUUCACGGCUAAGUUCCUGAGGGAGUCCAGACAGGAGUCUAGGCCGAGCAUGAACACAACCUGGGAGAAGAAUACGUCACCUGUGUCUCCUACCACCAGCCCACCACCAACAGUAGAGGCAACAGCCCCCCACUCCCACCCGCCCACACCAAGCCCCCCUCAGCCCCCUGUCCCAUACCUGACUCAGACCUCAUCCGGUGCCCACCAGUCUGUGCCCCUGAAAGCCCCUCUAAUGCCCAUGGCCCCACGCAGCCUGGAGGCCCCACGCAGCCUGGAGGCCCCACGCAGCCUGGAGGCCCCACGCAGCCUGGAGGCCACAAUCCCCAAAGGCCUGAGGAACGAGGAGGAUGAUACCUUGAGUGAAGCAGGAACCUACACCAUUGAGACAGAGGUCCAGGAUAAAGAGGUGGAGGAGGCACGCAGCAAGAUAGAACAGGUGUUUGGUGUUGUUGAGGGGCCGGAGCAGCCCGGCCAGACUGCAGCAGCAGCAUAUAAGCCUGUUGAGUUUCAGGACAGGGAGGAGCGUAGGGAGAGUAGCUUGGUGGAUCUGAUGCCAGGUCCAGGGCAGGGACAGAAUCUGGUGCAGGUACCUGGUGGCUCUAAGUGGGUGUCUCGCUGGGCCAGCCUGGCAGACAGCUACACACACUCUGGCCCUGCCUCAGGCCUCUUCGAAAUCCCCUCACAGAUGGACCUGUCAGGAGGAGUUGGUGGGAGGACCGUCCAUCAGGCGACGCUCAGUCGGAACAUCAAUAGUGUGGAAUCGGAAGGCCAGAGUUCCAGAACACAGCGUAUUCCUUCUCAGGCACCAUCGAUGGAAAAUAAUGAGACUCCAACUCCCAGCAUUCUUAUCCAUCAGGACACUUACUUUACCUAUGAUAUUAAAGAGAGGAGCUCCAGAGUCCUUGGACCACAGGAGGACCUCCACAACCUGUCUGUACAGGACAACCUUGACCAAGACAGCCUGAGUGAUGCCAGUAAGUCAGACGACGGCUCCAUCGUGGAGCAGAGGAAGAUGCCCACACCAGAGAGGACAGACAAGAGUACAUCUCAGACCAGUAAAAAGGAGGGGCCCACACUCCCAGCCAAGUCUACAUCAUUCUACAUUGGCUCUAAGGAGACUGUGUCCAAACAGGAGCGGGGAUCGAGACCCAAUACACCUAAGAUUGAGAGAAAACCACCACCACCUCCCAACACACUACAGUUCUCCACAGCCACCCUGACCAAACAACAGGGUGGACAAGACUUUCAGAAGACAGUCAAGCUCAACUCAUCCGCUCCCAAGCUUGACUACCAGGGCAGAAACAGCCCUCAGCCCAAGGAGGUCUCAGUGUCUCUGGUCAGGCAGGAGAGCUUCAUUAAGGACCAGCCAAGUGAUGCUGCCCAGGUCACCAGACUCCCACACAUCUCCAGCCAGCCUGCUCUGAGUGACCCUGACCCUGCUGAGGCGUUCCAGGGUGUUUGCAGCCAGGACACCCACUCCUACCUCAAUGGGACCGGGGACGCUCUGGCUGCCCUGGCGGCCAAGCUCCAGGCCCAGCCGCCUGAUGUUGCUCCUUGCCCCAUAGAUUACUCUCUGUCUGGGGAGUCUGACAUGGACUCAGCGAGCACUGCCAGCCUGUGCAACAACCAAACUGCCCCCAAGACCGGAUCCAAGAAGCCCUUUAUCACUUGUGGCCUUCAGAGGGAGAGGUUCUCUGCCAGCUCCUUCACCCAGGAGCCCAGUCGCCAGCAGUCAGCCCUCGAUCGCCUGUCAGAGAAGCGGCGGUCCCAGAGAGUGGACAGCAGCAGGAAGCCUGAACAAGACAGAAGGCUGGGGAUGAGAUGCUGUGUUGUAAAACAUGGCACCAUGGACCUGAGCGAUGACCCCCAGAGCUUCAGCUUACCCUACUGGCCUGAAACCAUCUCCUCAGACCAGGAGGGCUCCCGGCCCGCUGCAUGCAAGAAGUACACCGUCCCCCUGCAGAAGGAGGAUCCCACUAAGUCCUCCAAAGUGGCCCAGGCCCUAAGCCGCUCCAACAGCAUGUCUGCCCCACGGCCCACAAGAGCUUCAAUGCUUCGCCGGGCUCGCCUGGGCGAGGCAUCAGACAACGAGGUUACAGAGACGGACAGAACCUCCCAGAACUCCCAGGAAGCCAGUGGAACCUCCAAGGCCUCCCAGGACAGUAAGAAGCAGCUCUCCAGGCUGGACAUGCUGGCUCUGCCCCGGAAGAGGACUAGCUCCUUCACCACUCCCAGUGAUACAGAGUCCUCCGCACCCAGGACAGGCUUCUCCAACCGCAGCACAGAGUCCAACAGCGGCUCUGGCCUUAAGGCCUCCGUGGCCGGGCCCAGCACUAAGCCUGCGCUAGGCAGGGCCUCUGGAGCUCCAGGCAAGCUCAUCACCCGCGUCCGCUCCAGCAGUGCUAAAUACACCAGCAGCACAGCCAGCUCUAGACGACGACAGAAAGUCUCUGACUACACCUCCACCUCCGAGGAGGAAUUUGACUCUAACCAGAGCACCCUUAAACACAAACGCUCACACACCCCCUCAGCUUCCCGCUCCCAGCCUCUCAUCCCCCCACGCCCCAAACCCCGCUCACGAGACUCGGACCAGGAGAGUCACGAGGGAGACGCCUACCAGAACUGGUCCUCUCACAGUGCUGAGAUAGCAAGACUGAGUCAGGACCUGGCUAAAGAUCUGUCCGUCCUAGCCAGGGAGAUCCAUGAUGUGACUGGUGAUGCUGAUCCUCAGAGCUCUUCUGCAGUGGAGGCCAAUACACCUGUCUCUACCAUCACCGCCAGGGAGGUGUUGGUCCAUCCCAUCCCAGAGGCUGGUGUGAACUACCUUAGAGUUCCUCCUGGAUCCGCUGCAGCCAGGGACCCCGACCAAACCAUUAUGAAUGACCAGGAAUACAACUCCAAGCACAGAGGAUGGAACCAGGAAGUGGUUGUUGUGGAUGAUCUGAUGUUGAUUCCAGUGUCCCAGAUCUCUCUAGCUAUUCGAGAAAACACAGAGCAGCUAGCUGAGAAAAUAAAGGUACUAUUCCACAACAAAACUAACGUUUGGGAGGAGAUUGAAUCAAAGCUCAAUACUGAAAAUGACAUCCCUGUCCUGAAAGGCUCAAACAAGGAAAUCACAGCUAUUCUGAAAGAGCUCAGAAGAGUUCAGAGACAACUUGAGGUCAUCAACACUAUCAUUGAGCCCAGUGGAAAUCUUGAGCCAGCCAAAGCCUCCACUCCUAGUGCCCCCUCAGCCGGGUUGAAGCCAUCCAGGGCCCCUUCGAGAUACUGGAGAACCUCAGGUUCCCAGCGGGGUGGGGUUCCCUCUGCCAGCUCCAGGCCCAGUGAGAGUGUCAGGAGAUCAGUUGUGGCCUCUGAGGCAGAGAGCUACGUGGUCUGAGGUUUUGGAACACAGUGCCUCCCCUUCACUGCUGCACCACAAUUCCAGGUGUUGAGAGAGUGGAUUAGAGAGGGGGAAAUAGGCACUGCUAGGAGAACUGUGGCCCCACCGCACAAAGACACUACUGUACUGUGUGUGCACUACUAGACAACUGCAAUGCGCAUUGAACUGCCAUGGUGUGAGAAAGGGGUUGUACGAGACACAUAAAGCCAUACAGUGGUUAGUUCAGUCGAGGGAAAAUCCCUUUAAAGGCCCAAUGCAGCUCUUUUUAUAUCAAUAUAAAACAAAUUCUGGAUAACAUAUAAGAACCUUACUGUAAUAGAUUUAUAUUCAAAUUGACAAAAAUAACUUUUUACACAAACUAUUUCUCAAGCAAUAAUUUUGCUAGUACUGUCUGAGUGGGGAAGAAAAACUGAAAACUAGCUGUUCUUAGCAGAGGUUUGGAACUCUUUGUUAUUGGUCUAUUAACCAAUUUACCGCAUGGUGAUGUCACCAUGGAAAGCC